ACGCGAAACUAAGCCUCGCCGAAAAAAUAAUAAACCAACAGUUUCCCUCGCGACCGCGCGGGAGACGACAGCGAAUCGCUUGCGCCCGCGCUGCCGGUUUUUGUGCGCGCGGAUCGCGGCGCGGCGGAGCCCGUUCGGUUUCGUCGGCACCGCGCCUCCGCCUCCGCGAUUUUUUGGGAUUUUUUUGCCUCUCUCUCUCUCUUCCUCUUUGUCAAAACUGGUAGGAUUCUGCCUGCCUUGAGCCUGACUAGUGCUGUUGGCUUCAUGCUCGCUUCCACACGUUCCGUUUACUAGUCGCCGCCGCGCCGUGCGUCGCGCGCCGCCACCUCCAUCCACCCGUCCGCUUUCCGCGGCCGCGCCGUGUCGUUGGACGGGCGGAGUGCCGACGGAGAUGUGAUCGUGGCGAAUCCCCGAGCUCUGCCGCUGGGCUGUGAGGUGGGGGAAGGGAGGCCAGGAGAUGGGGCGGCAGGGAGGAGGAGGACGAACAGGAGACGCGUGGGGUGGUGGUGGCUGUGUGCUUGUUGUACUCGCCGCCAGCUUGGUCGUCUGCGCGCUCGUGAUCCGGGGCGCUGGAGGUUUGAAGCAAUAUCACGCACCUGCCUUUGCUCGGAAAGUUCUUCUUUCCAUAACAAGCGGACAUCCACCAGAUAACUUGAAUGUUGUACUUCAUCCGUCACAGUUGCAAUCCCCAAGAAUUGAAAGUUUAGUAAAACCACCUGCAGCAACUAGCAGACGUGUUAAUAUACAGCAGGAACAAUAUGCACCAAGCCCAGUGAUCAGCCACAGAGGCCAAGGUACCCCGCCUUCACAUAUGAUUUCUCCAAGUAUUCAAACUGGCAAUGAAGUUCCAUAUCUUCAUGUUCAUGAACAAGUGCCUGCAGCUUCACCAUCUUUUCCAGUCCAGCCACAUUUGCCACGUCCUACAAUUUCUGCGAACACACCAGUUGCCGCACCUUUUUCUCAACAGCCGUCCUGGCCAGCUCCUUCAUCAUCCCAUACUCAAAUAGGCCAGGACAGAUCUAGAGUGCCAGUGGCUUCACCUCCAGAAGAACUACCCACCCAUAAGAAGCCACUACCAGAAGUUGUACCACCAGAAUCCAUCACCCCCUCAUCCAAUCGGGACAAUGAUGGCACAUCAGUUCCCAGACCUCCAAAUAACUUACCAAACCACAAAAGCUUGCCUCUAAAAGGACCAGAAGUGUCUCCACCAUCAAUAUUCCGUCCUUUCCACCAUGGGAAAGCCCAUGGAGGUCCAGUUGCAGCACCUUCGAAAGAAAGGCAUCACCAUUUCAUACUUGUAAAUAAUACACAUGGGAAUACCCAUAUAGGUCCAGCUGUGGCACCUCCAAAAGGAAGGCAUCACCAUUCUUUGCCUGUUAAUAGUAGCCGUGUAAAAGGACCUGCCUAUUCGCCAAAUUAUCCUAGUACCCAUAGAGGAGGACAUGUCAUUCCAGUUGCUGCACCUCCAAAGGAACAUUCCACCAAUUUACCACCUGCAUAUCAUAGGCACCACAAAGGUUCCUUUCCUGUUAUAAGCCCUUCUCCACAUAAAGCUGAUAAUGCUUCUGCAAUGAAGCACGGACGUUCUAGCUUGCACCAUAGUCCAGCACCUGCACCUGUAGACUUACCUCCAUCUAAAGGACAUGCACGGGGAAAUCCUGCAUAUGCACCACACCAUCCCCAUAAAUACCAAUCACCUUCAAAUUCUCCGGAGCCUGGUCUACCACCAGCGCACCCGCCUGAUAGUCAUGCAUUUAAAAAGCCCAAGACCUUGGCACCAGCACCCCAAUCAUUGCCACCACCGCCUCCGAGUUCAUAUUGCAUGGCGCUGACUUGUCAAGAUCCUCUGACCAAUAGUCUCCCUGGAACUACAUGUCUUUGUGUGUUGCCGAUAAAAGUCGAGCUUCGUUUGGGUAUAGCACUGUUCACAUUUUUUGCACUUGUAUCAGAACUUGCACAAGAUAUUGCAUCUGGAGUGCUCAUGAAACAGAGUCAAGUUCGUGUCAUGGGAGCAAAUGCUGCAACUGAGGACCCAGAGAAAACAGUUGUCCUAAUUGAUCUUGUGCCACCGGGAGCAAAAUUUGACAAUGAAACAGCAUUAUUAGUAUUUGAAAGGUUUUGGCACAAGCAGGUCAACAUAAACCAUAUGCAUUUUGGAAACUAUGAUGUGUUAUAUGUUAACUACCAAGGCCUUCCUCCGUCGCCUCCAUCAGCUCCUGGAAUGAACAAUGGUCUUAGCAAUGUUAAUGAUCCAAGGUUGCAUCCACUUGCUGUCGAUGUGGGAAACCACAGAGAAACAAAAAGCAGGGGCAUAAUUGUCAUAAUUGUUCUUUCAAGUGUCUUUGCUUUUAUUUUAUGUUUUGGAGCUGCAUUGAUGAUUUAUUUCAAGAUUAGAAACCACAACCAUUUAACUGAAGAGUCACCUAUGCCACCGAAGCCUGCAGGUCCUGGCUCUGCGGUUGUUGGGAGCAGGCUAGGAAGCAGACCUAUUUCAGCAUCUCCAUCUUUCUGCUCAAGCAUAGUGACAUAUAAAGGGACAGCGAAAACAUUUACAUUGAUUGAGAUGGAAAGAGCUACACAGAGAUUUGACCACUCCAGAAUUAUUGGUGAAGGUGGUUUUGGGCGUGUUUAUGAAGGUAUUCUAGAAGAUGGAGAACGGGUUGCUGUAAAAAUUCUUAAGAGGGAUGACCAACAAGGUACACGGGAGUUUUUAGCUGAGGUUGAGAUGCUUAGCCGACUGCAUCACAGGAACCUGGUUAAGUUGAUAGGUAUAUGCACAGAGGAACACAUCAGGUGUCUGGUAUAUGAGCUUAUUCCAAAUGGUAGCGUGGAAUCUCACUUGCACGGAUCAGACAAGGGAACUUCUCCGCUUGAUUGGGAUGCUAGGCUUAGAAUUGCACUUGGUGCUGCACGUGCUCUUGCUUAUUUGCAUGAAGAUUCCAGUCCCCGUGUCAUACAUCGUGACUUCAAAUCAAGUAACAUCCUGUUAGAACAUGACUUCACCCCCAAGGUGUCAGACUUUGGCCUAGCAAGAACAGCUAAAGGUGAGGGGAAUGAGCAUAUUUCAACUCGUGUUAUGGGAACUUUCGGGUAUGUUGCUCCUGAAUACGCGAUGACUGGCCAUCUUCUAGUAAAGAGUGAUGUCUACAGCUAUGGUGUUGUCCUCCUUGAGCUUCUCACCGGAAGGAAACCGGUAGAUAUGUUAAGACCUCCUGGGCAAGAAAACUUGGUUGCAUGGGCUUGUCCUUUUCUUACUAGCAGAGAUGGCUUGGAAACCAUCAUCGAUCCAUCACUUGGAAACAGCAUCCCAUUUGACAGCAUUGCAAAAGUAGCAGCUAUUGCUUCCAUGUGCGUUCAGCCUGAGGUGGAUCAGCGCCCAUUUAUGGGUGAAGUUGUUCAAGCUUUGAAGUUGGUAUGCGAUGAAGGCAGCGAGUUCAAUGAAUCAAGAAGUUUCAGCCAAGAUUUACAUAUUCAGGAUUCUGGGAUUAUAAGUAGAGCAAGCCUGGAUAUGGACGUCGAACCUGUUCUAUCGGCUGAGCUGUUCAAUGCAUCAUCGCGUUAUGAUACUCUUGAUGCUUCUGGUUCUUUUCGACGACAUUCAAGUUCAGGUCCUCUUAGGGUAGGUAGAACUGGGCAAAAUAGGGAGAGAGGCUUAUCAACAGGUAGCUCAAGCGAGCACUGUGGUACACAAAGAUUUAGGAUAGAUUCAGAGUAGUCAGCUUGCAGGCUUCUUUUUACGAUGUGGGGCUGUGGACAUUGAAAGUAUGCACGUUGGCUUCUUUUUGUAAGCCAGAUUCCAUA